AUGUCACGCAGCCAGAGGCCGAAGGUCGAACUCGCGCAAUCGAAUACACUCGUAACUCGCUACUCGACCCGUCCAUUCAAUGCCUGGCUUCUUCUUUCUACUAGUCCGCUGCCGCAACGAGACAUGCCCAAGGCUACUUACAAGCGUCUGUCCAACCUUACCCUGCACGACCUGCUCGUACAGAUCGCACCUCUACCAAGGCCGGAUUGGCUGCCAGGCAAAAAGGUCGACUAUUUCGCAAGGAUCAUCCUGACGCACAGUAACGACACGAUCAUAGCUGGUGAGCCAUCUAGCGACAAGCUCUCGGCUUUGCACAUGCUUCUGUGGAGUAUCGAAGUCAGGAUCGCCCUCAAGUUCAUCAUCACGCCUAGAAUAUCGACCAGUCUGUCGUAG